CUCUGUGAUCAUGUCAAUCAUCACAAUUGUAUCACCUGUAUAGCCUUUAGCUACCCGUAACCUCUCACACUCGGGACAUUAUGGCAUCCAGGACCUCCAUCACCAGCGUGCUCAGGCAGGCCGCCGUGCGUCCCGUAAGGACCGCGGUGAUCGCCCGAGGGAUCCGUUCGAGCGCUGCCGUCAACAUGCCCGACGUCCCUCAAGGCUCGGUCCCGCCCUUUCCCGAGAAACUCCCUCCCAACCCUGCCACUCACUCUGCUCCCCUCUCCUCGCCCCUCCACACCUACGGCCAAUACCUGACUACCUGUCUCCCUAAAUACGUUCAGCAAUUCUCCAUCUACAAGGAUGAACUCACCCUCUACACGGCUCCCUCCGGCGUCCUCCCCGUGCUCCAGUUCUUGCGGGACCACCACAGGUGCCAAUACAAGAGCGUCAUGGACAUUACCGCCGUGGACGUCCCGACCCGUUCGCACAGGUUCGAAGUGGUCUACCACCUCUUGAGUUAUGCGCAUAACAGCAGGAUCAGGGUCAAGACGUAUGCGGACGAGAUCACGCCGGUGCCCUCGGCCACGGGGUUGUUCAGGGGAGCGGACUGGUACGAGAGGGAGGUGUGGGACAUGUUUGGCGUCUUCUUUUCGGGUCACCCGGAUCUCCGAAGAAUCCUGACCGACUACGGGUUCGAAGGACACCCUCUGCGAAAAGAUUUCCCCCUGACCGGUUACACCGAAGUUCGAUACGACGAGGAGAAGAAACGGGUCGUCUACGAACCUCUCCAGCUUACCCAGGCCUUCCGAAACUUUGGGGACGCCGCCAGUCCUUGGGGUCAACACGAGGAGGGUGUGGAUUACGUUCCUACCAACUUCAAGAUCCCCCCACCGCCCAAGGAGGAAAAGAAGGACGAGAAAAAGUAGAAAUCGAGUCGAGACGAAUAGAUUCGGUUGUCAACCCGAGAUUGAGACUGGUGUAAUGCUUAAUGAGAUGGAGUUCCCGUCGAGAAAAGAACCGAAAACACCGUCGUCUUGUCUCUAUCU